AUGCGUGAUAAAAAAUCUAAUGAGAUUGCUGAUAAACUACGAGAAAUCGGAAAUUUCCAAUUCAAGAAAGGAGAUUAUCAUGAAGCUUUAGUUGCUUAUAACCGAAGCCUUUGUCAUGCACUGCCUGACACAGAACAAUUUUCUUUUGCAUUUGCAAACAGAUCAGCGGUUUAUCUUAAAGUUAAGCUCUUUGAAAAGUGCUUGCAGAAUAUUGAGUUAGCACGGAAACAUGGAUAUCCCGAAGAAAAGCAAUCGAAAUUGAAUGAAAGAGAAGAAACGUGUAAGAAGUUAAUCGAAACCUUCAAAGAUGAAAUUGUUGAAACAAGAAAAGAUUUCUUUAAACUUUCAUACGAAGCAAACAAGAAAAUUCCAUUCAUCGUCAAGUCCUUGGAGGUACGCGAAGAUGACAAAUACGGUCGAUACAUAACAACAUCGUCAAAUCUUAAACCAGGCGAUAUCAUUGCUAUUGACGAACCCAUCUACAAAUAUAUCAACAGCGAAUUAUGUCAUAGACGAUGCACAAACUGUUUGAAAUCAAAUCAUUUGAGUCUGAUUCCAUGUUUGUCAUGUUCAAAUGGUAAGCUUUGCAAACAAGCUUCAGCUUAA